AGACCCCAGUUCUCUUCCUCUCAUUUUGCUAUCGUACUCGUACAAUCUUCCGAGUCACAAUGUCCAUAGUACUACACCGAAGAGGAGGCUUGGACCUCACGAACAGGUGGGAAGAUAGCAAAGAGCCUGUCAUCACCACAGAUUAGAGCAACGAACUUACCAAGACCAUUUGCAUCUCAACAGGGUUCAAGACAAUACAAGUAGUCGUAGGUAAGACGGUCUACAAACCUGGAGAUGUUACUUACAAGAUAUAUACGGCUGUCAACGGAGAACGCCGAAAGAUGGAACUGCGACCUUAUGCAAUGCCGAUCAUAUAAAGACUUGGUAUCUUUAAUCCAAGAGCAUGGUGGCGACGAUACUUCACGGGCACUGACAUUGCUUCUCUCCUAUGAACAUGCCAGAUGGUGGAAAACCGGUUCGGCUAGCAUCGUUGGCGAAGCUACCCUCGGAAUCGACCCCAUUCCCCACGACGCCCAGACCAUGCCGGGCAGCGUACCUGUGCCUCGAUUGAUUGUUGCCCAGUGGGAUACUCUCAGCACCAAAAUCUCGGACCAGUGGGCCCAACAACUAUUCCAAUGUCCAGAUGGACUUGUAUACAAGCUGCUGAUGUCUCAGGAACCCACAAAAAUCCACGCCGGUUAUAUCGCGUUGCGUGUCUUGGUAGACGGAAGCUUGUGGGUUGUAGAGGAUCAACGCAGAUGCGGUAAAGAACACUCGACAGAGGGAUAUCCCGUUCCCGAAGCCAUCAAUACGAUUGAGGAUGGCCUGAAUGAGCUAUUAUUUGUCUUCGCUACUUCGUGUAAGAAGGUGGGAUUCGAGGCUAUCUAUAGGGAGUUAGACCAGACAGCACGGGAGUAUCACGACAAGCUGAUGACUACAGACGCCGACCCUGGAUACAGUGACGCGUCUCUAGAUUGGCUUCCAUCACUCCAGAAGCUCUGCGAGACUAAGUGGAAACGACGAAACUUCUCAAAGGAGUGACCACCAAGUAUCAAGCAAGGGGAUCUGCCUUGUAACGAAAGUACGAGCAUUAUCUUUGAGAUAGUGUGAGACCUUAGCAUAGUUAGAC